AUGGCACCUCCCAUCUCUCCCCAUUGUACACGCACUAAAAAUCCGACUCAGCACCCUGGACUUGUGCUUCUCGAAGGUCAAAAGAAGCGACAUACCAAAGCUCAAAUUGCACAGGACAAACAGGACGCCCUGGAAGCACAGGCCAUCAAGGAAGCUGCUCUGCAGCAUGCUGCCAUGGAGGUGGAGCAGGCAACUCAGGCGACCAAGAGGCCAAAACCAGUAAAGUUGUGGGCUAAACCAGUGAAGACAAAGGCAAGCGUGCAAGGUGCAACUAGUCAUCACACCAAGGAUAAUGAAGUUGGUGGUGUGGGUGUGGGUGCAGGUAGCGAUAAGGUGAUUGGAAAUGAGGAGGUUGUGAAUGAAGCGGUGAAGAUAAAGAAAAAGAAGAAGAGAAGGCACCUGAUAGCUGACAAGAAAGGAAAUCUUAACCCAGUCCACGCUUCAUUUCAUGACCCUUACUUGGGCACUCACCUCGAACCUGAGUCAAAACCAGCCGCAAUCCCCUCCUCUGCUCCCAGCAUUCAAGUUGAAACUGUUUCUGGCGACUCUUUCGGUAUUUCAUCAACAAGGACAAGCCAAACUGUUGCAACCACAGUCUCGCUUGCGAAAGAUCCUCCUCUUUCCUUGACGGACUCCUCUGAGACUUCACAAGCUCUCACAUCGGAUGACGAUAAGGAUGAAGGUGGAGAUGAAGACCCCAGUGAAGUUGCUGACAAGGAUGAUGACGACAAAGAUGACUAUUUCAAAGAGCGCUUGUCGUCUCUCAAGGGAAAGGGGGGGAUGCAGAGUGUUGUAGCAAUCACUGGAGAGAUCACUGAAUCUUCGGAGGAUGAAACUCCCGAAGUACCAGUGUUGAUGCCGUUCAAUUUGUUGCCGUUCACUCAACAAGCUAACAUUGUACAAUUCGCUCUAGAACAGGCUUGGUCAACUCAUACCGUCAGUUCCACGAAGAGGCCAAUUGAUUCAGUCAAUCUUAUCGGCUCAUCUGAAGACUUGGAUGCCACUGACGAGUAUAAUUCAAACACAUCUUUUGAUGCCAUGUUGCUUGAUGACGCUGAUGUCAUGUCUCCCGAGGUUGAGCCGUCUCCUAAGCCAGCGCUGCGCAUCACUUCAAAGACUAGUGUAACGGUCCACAGGAACCCGAACCCACCCAAGAAAGCCAAGUUAGAACCCACCUCCCAGAUUAUGAGCAUUCCAACGUUAUCUGAGCCAGAUUUGAUGUCUGCUGAUACCAUGACGAGGCCAAAAGGGGGAACCCAAUGGCGAAAAACUGAUCUCCCCCCGAUUAUGUUGGUGGAUGGCAUAUGGCGAAGGCCAUUUUCAAUGUCGCUUAUCCAGGAACUCAUCAUAACGUCCAACCAAAAGGCCCCAUUAUUGGUCUGUAAUUUUGGAUUCAUGUCCAUGGCCCUUGUUGCAAAUUUUCUGGCUACCUCCAAAGACGAUGAGGAUGAAGACGACAAUGACACCGACUUUGAGAAAACACUGGCAGCGAGCCUCCUCGAGGAGUGGGCCUUCCUUUACGAAGAUCCGGAGGCUCGUGACCCAAACCAGAUCUACCAGUCUGCAUUUAUGUUGGAAAUGAUCGACGGUUGUCACAUUAAUCCGAUUUCUGGUUUCCUUGAUGUACCUGCGCUCAACACAGACGAUCUGCAAUUGAAGGGCAUGCAGGCUGUAAUUGCUGCAUGUGCCGCCUCGCUUGAACAUGCUUUCAACUUUGUCGCAAAGCCCCCAUCAAGUGCAAUAAAUCCAGCGGCAAAGAUAGCACUGGCCUUCCAGCAUUUUCGGAGGCCAACUGUGGAUAGUCCAUCAAGAGGCGGGGGCCGAAGUAUACAAUGGAUGUCAUUGCCUUGGUGCACCAGCGCCGUGAAGCAGCCCAAAAGCUCAAGAAUGCUCCUGCUGAGGAGCUGA